AUGAGACAGUGCUCGCACCACCGGACAGAGCGAGAUGUUUGCGAGUUCGUCAAUGUACCGCCCCGACCUAGCAUUCUCUCGCCCCAGACUCCGUAUUUAUCUUUAGUGAGUAACAGAAAACCAUUUAUAGCCCGUUCACUGCUGGCUUGGGACAGCGAACGGGCGGUUUAACUUGCGCGGCGAUGGUAGGUCAUGGCGGCCAUACAUGCGCCUUUGAAAAAGAACCUCGUUUGAUGAAUUAUUUUUCAAUUGAAUUUACUUUUUCUUUUAAAUUAGUUUCAUUAAAUUCAGAUUUUCUUUCAGUCACCGAAAUAAAAAAAUAAAAAAAGAAAUAAGUCAAAAAAUUCAGCGUUUUGCGGAAGGCGCAUUGAUAGUCGUCAUGAUCUACCAUCUCCGUGCAAGCUAACCCGCUCUUUAGCCAAGCCAGCCGUGAACGGAUCAUAUCUGACGAUAAAUCGUUGUAAGACUAAGUUUUUUUCUUACUUUGAACUUGGCAUAAAGGAUGUCUGUGAUCGUUAUUUUUAUAUUUUAUCGAAACAGACUCCAAAUUAUCAAAAAAAUAGACGCUGACGUGGAAAUGCCACUUGGCAAUAGAGUGAGAGUAUAUAAAAACUACGCCGAGCUGAUCUAGCUAUUGAAACGAAUCGUCAUCAGACCAACUUUGACCAACGUGAGUUUGAAUCUCGGCGGAGGCUUCUGGCUCCUCGAGUAAACACGUAAGCGGAGCACGGCAUUGAUGAAAAGCUUUGAACAUUUGUUUCCGAAAAAUCUCCAUUUUUCUGCGCUUUCUUUGAAAGUUCGCAAAUUCUGUUCGAAUACAUCUGUACGAUUCACAGUAGAGUUCGCGAUUAUUGGAAAAAGCCAUAACCCGAAGAAACCUUAUUUUGCAACAGUCGAACUGGUAAUGGAAAGAAAGGUCAGAGGCGGCCGAUUGGAAAAAAAAAUUUGGAAAAUUCCGCCAUCUGGAAAAUAGAGAGCGGCUUGGAAUUGAUCGCCUUAGAAUUGGUUCUGAUUUUGGUUUGGAAAAUCAUGGUUCGAAAAAGGGCCGGCCGCUUUUCUCGACUUGGAAGCACAUCAAAAAAAUGACAAAUAAUUGCAAAAAGAGAGUUUCGUUUAAAAAAAUUUUUUUAGAAAUCAACGGAAGAAAGUGUACCUUUGGUUCUGUAAGAACGUGCGUUUGGUUAGGAAUGAACAUGUUUUUUUGUUCGGAAUGAACACAUGAAAAAGUCCCUUUUUUUGGUUAGGAUGAUUACUCAAUUGGUUCGGAUUGAUUAGGGUCGGAUGAUUGUUGGCCAUAGAAAACCUAAUCAGCUUUAAGACAGUUUUUUUCUUUUUGUGUUUCUUUCAAUUAUGUUGAUAUUUUUUUCAGCAUUGGACACUUUGACCAUCAUGAAGUGGAACUGCAUUGAAGGUAUCUUCAUUUUCUAAUUUUUUUAAAAACUGAUUCUUUUUUUAUUUCAGGAAAAAUCGAGUCUGAAGCUGUUGCUAAUGGUGGCAAUGCUGAACGCUUUUUUUCUGCUGGUUUGCUUAUUUUUUUCCCUUUAUAUAGUCCAUUCAGAUUUUUGAAUGUCAAUAAGAAUGACGUCAUUCGAGAACGCUCUGCGAAUGCCUCGCUUUCUGAUUGGUUUAUCGCGUCAUUAGGGGCGGAGCUUCAGCGAGGACUUGACGUUCGAAAUCUGAAGAGACUAUACUUUUCGUCGAGAAGUUUAGCUUCAUGACUGACGCGGGAUAGAAACCACGUCGCGAUUUUUGUAAAAAUCGCAAAAACGCUACUCCACUUCACUUUAUGAAAAAAACGAGAAAUACAUAAGUGGAAAUAUUUGUUCUAUAUAUUAAUUCACUCUGAUUGGAAGAAUGCGACGAGCCUGAAAAAUUUCUUCACGUUCGAGUUUUAAUGUGAAGUCUCCAUAAUUCUAUAGAGUUCAUAGGCUUUUUUCAGUUUGUUUUAUCAUAUUAUAACCCGAAAAGUUAAGACGUAGUAUCUAAUAAGCUAGGUCAAGAUGACGUCACGAAAUAGAAUUUGCGUUUUAACUAGAUGUGUCGCUAUGUCUUUGAAAAAAUCGAAGAAUCUUAUUAAGAUAACAUUUUUUGUCAUAUUCAGCCAACAGUGAAUAAAAGAUACUGAUGUACUCAAUAUUUAAAAAAAACCUCGGAUCAUUUGAGAAAAAAAAAGUUUCCACAUCCAAUUUUGCUACAGAUUUGUGAAAAAUUGAUCCCUUGCUCCAUGAAAAGUGCGUUGCUAUUCAUAGAAUCGAAAGAAUAAAUCUUAUUGGAAAAUAAGUUUCAUGAUCAUGAAAGCGUCUGGAUAACGAGCAUUCACUACACCAGCCCUGUUACUAUCAAUGAGAAUCCUCAACUUGCAGAAGAUUGCUGCAAAAGACCCAUGACCGCGUACGGAGAUAAAGAAGCAUUCCCGAUCGAGUGCCAAUCAUCAAAAUGUACCGAAGAAGUGAUCUACGCAGAAAAUGCGCGAGGUGGUGGAGAUAUCCACAAGUUUUUGUCUUCGGUGCAAAAAAGCAAUACGAUCACCAUGGUUGGAAACGUGACAUCGCUCAGUAUCUAUGAUCUGGUAGAGAUUGUCCACAAGGGACCGGGUACGUUACAUUUCAUAGUGGAAAAAGGGAAAUACUGGAUAUUCUAAACAAAUUUUUUUGGUUGAACUUUAAACGAAAGUAUAGUUUUUUAUUUGAUUUGGAAUAAGGGAACCUGGGCUUACAUCUCCCUACCGUUUCAUGAGACUCCUUUGGCUGCCCUUCUUUGAAUUCACUUUUUGUUUGUAGGACCGGCCAUCACCCUGCAGAAAGUCGAUUUGAAUAGGGGGUCCUUCAAAAAAUUGAAAACGAUCAAAGUCGAUGACGUCUCGAUUUACUGCGACGGCACUACCGACUUGAUCAAGAUAGAAGGAAAAAUCCCCCAAGAUAUACUCGAGCAACUGCACGAAGUGGAAAAUAAGGUUUUUUUAAUGAACGAGGAGAUAAAAAAGUAUAUUUCAGUUUUUCGAAAUUUCCAGCUGAUUUUCCUAAAUUCGUAGAAAGUUUGUCUUGACGCGAAAUGAUUAAAAUAUUUUAUGCUUUUUAUAAAAGUUGCACAAAACAUUUUAGCAGUUUUAUAAGGCCUACAAUCAUCCGAACCUGAUCAUUCCGAACCAAAUCCGAACCUAAUCAUUCCGAACCAAUUGAGUAUUCAUUCCGAACCAAUUGAGUAAUCAUCCGAACCAAAAAGGGAAUUUUUCAUGUGUUCAUUCCGAACCAAAAACAUGUUCAUUCCGAACCAAAGGUACAGUUUCUUCCGUUGAUUUCUCAAAUUUUUUUGAACAAAAUUUCUCUUUUUGCAAUGAUUUGUCAUUUUUAGAUGUACUUCCAAGUCGAGAAAAUCUGCCGGCUCAUUUUCGAACCAUGAUGUUCCAAACCAAAAUCAGAACCAAGUCUCAGGCGAACCCAUUCCAACGCGGACCAUCUCAUGCUCACUAGAACCAAUAGUUUUGAAGCUUUGCCCGACAAAUCUUCGGUAUAGUCCGUGAAUUUAGAACACAUCAACAACUGGAUUCAUCUGUUUUCCUUUUCGUGAAUUUUGAACAUUUAGAAACUGAACUUUAUCAAUAAUUUUUUCAAGACUGUUCAAUUCUUCUGCAAUUAAGGUCACCUUUUUUAUAGCUCAUAGGAGAACAAGAUUUUCAGCGGGAUUAGAUUCCUUCGAAUCCACAUUGAUGAAGUAUCGGAGUAAAGAAAACGAUGAAUGUUGGUCCAUCAUCAGGAAAAGUGCGAACGGCUCAUUAGAAGAGAUUUUCCCUUUUCGCAUUUCGUCCUGUGUAAUAUCAGAUUUCUCAGGGUAAUCAUUUUCAAUAAUUGCAGAGCCCUCUGCAAACCAUCAAAACUGCUAUUAAUUAUUGACAGAUAAAUUUAACUGUAAUUUUUCAAAAUCACGAUUCGUUUCAUUCCAAAAAAGUUUUCACUCGAAAUGGGCCUGCUAUACUUUGGGUCCGUAAGUGAGCACUUCAUCUUUCGAGCCCGAACCGAUCAAUAGGUCCCGAAGUUAAUGUUUUCGUGAGUGGCUGAUCUUUCGAAUACGAAUUAUAAAUAUAUUUUUUUCUAGAAACUGAGAUUUUUUUAAAAAAACCUUUAAAGAAAGUUUCGUUAACUCACGACUGGCUUUUAGCCACUGAAAAAAACGCUUCCUCGAGUCCCAAGCUAGUCGUGAAUCGGUUAUACGAUCAAGCGAGCUAGUUCUUCGUCAUGUUGCGGUUUCAUAGUAAAUGAGUAGAAUCUUACUGUUUUUCAGUCUAAUUAUCAUUUUUCAUCAAUAUGUAUUGGUUGGGUUGUUUCCUCAAAGAAGAGUUGGCGUUGGCGCGUGGCACUUGGAAGACAGGAAGAAUUAGAGCUGCUGACGGGGCACCCCGUGAAUUUAAGCAGUCGCUCCGCAGGGUCGGAAAAGGUAACCUCCAAAUUAUCAUGAUUUUCACUCAUAUGAGUGAAAAUCAAGCUGAAGUUGGUGAAAAAAAACUAAGAAAAAAUGACUCUUUUGAUAAUGUUACCGUUUCGCGGUGCGGGGCGCCUUUCUUCUAUCAGCAGCUCUGGGAAGAGUAAGCUCAAGCAGAUUACGAGCCUUCGAACACCUUCAUCAAGCUUUUGUUGGCGGACUACACCAUUUUUUUAUCCGCGACCGGCAAUUCAGAGGUAAAAAGGAUCGUAGUCCAAGUUCAUUAAGUUUAUUCUCCAAAUUUUCUCAAUUAAAAAUUUUUACACCAUGUUCGAAGUAAUUCUCGCGAAAUCCGCAAUUCUCUUCAUCACUAAAAAAAUUUUUUUAUGUUUCCCCUUUUUUUCAUGAACAUUAUGAAUUUGGCGGGAUCAAUUUGGACAUGGCAUAAGAAUAGAGCAAAAAUAAAUGAAUAGUUUGAAAAAAAUCUCAAUUCAAAAAAAUAAAAAAAUUAAAAAUAGAAGGAAAAAAACUGGCUUCAACAAAAAGUCUCUGAGAUGGCCCAAGAGGCUCUGUAAGCUCUCUAAAAAAACCGCUAAGAGCCUUUUUUUCCAGCCGAAAAAAAUAGGGGAAAAGGAAGGCGACGAGAACGACAUGUUCAGUAAAAACUUGUAGCCGCUAUGCAACGAAUUUUUUUCCCGCAAGAAGAUUUAUAAAGUUUAUAAAAACUAUAUCGUUAUGAAUGAACAAAGGUGAAUCGGGAAAUCGAUACAAGUAGGUACCGGGUAGCGACCGCUAGUGAGGUAGCUACUUAUUAGCAGCUUCCAUGAUACCGGAAAGCAUACAGCGAUACCACUCCGGUAGAAUCCAAGUACCAUAGAUAUAGUACACGGACGCAUACAAACAACCACCGAUUAGAAUACGCUGAUUGAUUUCAAAGUUGCUGCCCGGUACAAUCUUGUAACGACCUCUCGAUCGACCAGUGAACAAGAAAAUAAGUUGAAGGGCAAAAAAUGAAAUUCUAUUUUUGCCCCUAAAGUUUUUCUAGAGAAAAUGGGAAAAAUACGAAUCAAAGUUGACAGAAAAUUCACUCUCCACCAUUCUAUCAAUUCAAUAGUUAGAAACCUCGAAAUUUGAAACACUCAAAGAAAAAAGAGAACUUUACGUAAAGUCUUAUUGUAAAUUUACAUUUUUAGGCCUAUUUUUAUUUUUGAAGAAGGAAAAACCACUCUGAAUAAAAAAAUUGAAAAAAACUUCCUAUUUUCUAUUUUUUUGAACUCAAAUAGUUAGAAAAAAACAGGAAAAAAACGGUUAAAAAAAUUAAAAAUUGAAUUUCUAAUUUUUUUGGGCCUAAAAUUUAAAAAAACGUGAAAAAAACAUAAAUUAAUGUGCGAAACAUGACCUAGUUUAAUAUUUAGAAAUGUGUCAGUUCAUAAAACGGAUGUAAUGAUCAAUAAAUGUAAUACUGUUCAAAAAUACAUGCCGUGUUCAAAGUAAUUUCCGCGAAAUGCAAAAUGAUCUCUGACUCUCCAAAAUUUAGUGAUCUUUUCCUUUCUCUAACGGGUAUUUUGCAUUUCGCGGAAAUUACUUUGAACACGACAACAACGAAAAGAAAAAAAAACGUAAAUUGGGCAGGCGCCAAGGUUUUGGCGCACUAUUUCAUCGCUUUGAGACCAUAUUUUCCCAUUCACUUGGAGGUUUGCCAAACGUUUCUAAUUUUCAAAAUCAUUCUUGUUUUCUUCGUAGUUAUUGAUAAUUUCGUUUCUUUCUAUGGUUUUUUUUCAUGUUUUUCUUUUCACAAUAUGAAAUUUAUAUUAUCUACUGUAUUACUAUGCAAAAAUUAUUGAACUAAAAAGCAAUUUAUUCAACUAAAAAAAUUUGGCCUAAAAAAAUGUAAAGUUCUCUUUUUUGUCUUUCAACGUUUCUUAUUUCGAGUUUCUAACUAUUAAAACUGAUAUAAUGGUGAAAAAGUAAAUUUUCUGGCAACUUUGAUUCGUAUUUUUUUCCCAUUUUCCCUAGAAAACUGGGGUAAAAAAAUAGAAUUUCAUUUUUUUGCCCUUCAACUUAUUUUUCUUGUUCACUGGUCGAUCGAGAGGUCGUUACAAGAUUGUACCGGGCAGCAACUUUGAAAUCAAGCAGCGUAUUCUAAUCGGUGGUUGUUUGUAUGCGUCCGUGUACUAUAUCUAUGGUACUUAGAUUCUACCGGAGUGGUAUCGCUGUAUGCUUUCCGGUAUCAUGAAAGCUGCUAAUAAGUACCUACCUCACUAGCGGUCGCUACGCGGUACCUACUUGUAUCGAUUUCCCGAUUCACCUUUGUUCAUUCAUAACGAUAUAGUUUUAUAAACUUUAUAAAUCUUCUUGCGGGAAAAAUUCGUUGCAUAGCCACGGCGUUUCUGCCAGUUGAAGAAAAUGCAAGGAAUUUGAAACUCGGCAAAGUCUGCGCACUUCUCGAAAUUCGCCCGCGAAAUUUGAAAAAAGUGGCUUUAUUUUUUUGAUUUUUUUGUCAAUUUUUUUCAUAUUUUUUUCACUUUUUUUCUUUUCGUAGAUUGCUGAUAGUAUUGCGGGACCACGAUCGGGGUAUACUCUGGGUUGUUAGACGUUUUUUUGAAAGUAGUUCUGUGAGGCUAACUUUAAAAACUCGUGAUGAAGAAGCGUUUUGAAAAAUCUCCACCUGUUUGUAUGGAACAUGUUUCACCCCAUUUUAUGUUUUCUUAUUCUAUUUUUUUGUCGAUUGUUUAGAUUCCUAGGUUGUGGACAUCAAUGAGAUGAAGUUACAUGAAAAAAAGUCUGUGAAGUUAAGAAAAAUAUGUUCCGGAAUUCAUUUAUAUCCGGAUAUUCCGUCAACUUUUUAUAAUAAAAAAAGUACUUGCUGUAAAAACAUCUUUUAUUUGUUUCUCCACAGCAAUAUAGUUUUAUUUAAUCUCUUUUUAAUUUCCUCGUCUUUUUUUCUUCAAUGUUCAUUCGUUUCUCACACUUAUAUCAUCGGUUAACCUUAUUUAUCGGUGCAUGCACUAAACGUAUCGGUGCAUGCACUAAACACGUCCUAAUUGACGGAGAAAAGUGGGCGGGGCGUCGCAAAAGAAACACCGUGUAGCGGCUACAAGUUUUACUGAACAUGUCGUUCUCGUCGCCUUCCUUUUCCCCCAUUUUUUGGCUGGAAAAAGGCUCUUAGAGGUUUUUAGAGAGCUUUCAGAGCCUCUUGGGCCAUCUCAGAGACUUUUGUUAAAGCCAGUUUUUUUCCUUCUUUUUUUAAUGGUGGGAGAUUUUUUUCAAACUAUUUAUUUAUUUUUCUCCACUUAUGCUAUACAUCGUAGCGUCAAUCGAGAAUUUUUUUACUGAAUAGAAUAAAUUAAUAAAAUUGACCCUCGAUAUUUUUUUCUACCGGUCGCGGAUAGAAACAGUAUAUCCGUUAACAGCAGCUCGACGAAGGUGUUCGGAUGCUCGAAUUCUGCUAAAGUUUACUCUUACGACAACUUCACCUAAAAAGUUUCAUGGAAUGAUAUUACAUGAAAACGAGUAAAAUUUGUCUCAUUCACUAAAAAACCGCGAAUGUUCGAAGACUUACCUCAGUAGAAGUUAUUUUCUUGUAAAGUUUUUUUUGACUAAGAUAUAACGUCAAAUACAUAGUAAGGCUAUUCAAUAGGACGAAAAUUAUUGAAAAAAAGCUUUGAACGUCUUUUUGAAAAAUCUCACUUUUUCUGAGCUCUAUUUGAAAGUUCGCGAAUUCUUUUCAAUUACAUCUGUACGAUUUUUCACUAGAGUUUGCAAUUAUUGAAAUAAGCUAUAACCCGAAAAAAACCUGAUAUUGCAAAAAGUUGAACUGGUAAUGGGAAGAAAGAUCAGAGGGGCCGUAUGCAAGAAAAAUUGGAAAAAUCAUGUUCCGUCAUCUUCUUGAAAAAUAGAGAGCGGCUUGAACUCAUCAUUAAUUCAUUAAUCUUGACUUUUCCAAUGUAAUGAGGUUUUAUAAGAAGGUUCAAUCAGGAUAGAACAAAAUUCAUGUAUAAAAGAAAAAUCAAAGUCAUAUUCGAGUUUCAGGAAAAUCGUGGAAUUUUUCACCUUAUUGCACAGGAUAUCGCGGCAUGAAAGAGAAUAGUUUCACUUUUGAGCCCGGAAGAAAGUUAGAAGAAAAAUACCGUUUUUUUCAAACUGUGGUGAAAUCUCUCCUAAUGAGCCGUUCGCACUUUUCCUGAUGAUGGACCAACAUUCAUCGUUUUCUUUACUCCGAUACUUCAUCAAUGUGGAUUCGAAGGAAUCUAAUCCCGCUGAAAAUCUUGUUCUCCUAUGAGCUAUAAAAAAGGUGACCUUAAUUGCAGAAGAAUUGAACAGUCUUGAAAAAAUUAUUGAUAAAGUUCAGUUUCUAAAUGUUCAAAAUUCACGAAAAAGGAAAAACAGAUGAAUCCAGUUGUUGAUGUGUUCUAAAUUCACGGACUAUACCGAAGAUUUGUCGGGCAAAGCUUCAAAAACUAUUGGUUCUAGUGAGCAUGAGAUGGUCCGCGUUGGAAUGGGUUCGCCUGAGACUUGGUUCUGAUUUUGGUUUGGAACAUCAUGGUUCGAAAAAUGAGCCGGCAGAUUUUCUCGACUUGGAAGUACAUCUAAAAAUGACAAAUCAUUGCAAAAAGAGAAAUUUUGUUCAAAAAAAUUUGAGAAAUCAACGGAAGAAACUGUACCUUUGGUUCGGAAUGAACAUGUUUUUGGUUCGGAAUGAACACAUGAAAAAUUCCCUUUUUGGUUCGGAUGAUUACUCAAUUGGUUCGGAAUGAAUACUCAAUUGGUUCGGAAUGAUUAGGUUCGGAUUUGGUUCGGAAUGAUCAGGUUCGGAUGAUUGUAGGCCGUUUUAUAACUCUCAGAGGAAUCGCAUCAUCAAGCCGAUUGCUUUUAUCAUUUGUAAUAUCCAUCAAGUAGGCUCAAAUUUACAGUCACGAGUAGCCUUCUAAUAUAUUUGUAAGAGGAAAUAUUUUUUUAGAACUAUUAAGAAAAAAAUAUGGUUCAAUAUUCAAGCUCUUAUCGUCGGAAAUCAAUCUUCACUGAAAUCAUGGGAAAUUUUCAAAGGAAUUGUAUAUUAAACACUAGAAUAUUUCGUCAAAGGCAUAAUAUCAAAAAAAGUUUAGUUUAGAUUUGAAAAAGUAAAUGUAAUUGAGCGCUUCUGCAAGAUUAUUUCCCUUUGGACAACCUAGAAGCUUUUUAAGAGCAUGAAUGGUUUCAAAGGAAAACUCGAAAAAAUUCUCAGAAAAAGUAAUCUUGUUUCAGACUCUAGCUGCAUGCAAGUCACUGACGACUACUCAGCCCACGGUUCUCGGCGCCGCCCAGGGCUCCCAGAAUAUUGAUGCUGAGAAAGGUUCUAGCAACAGCGAGUUUGGAGAACAAAAAAACCAAUUGUGGAUUUCAGGGAUAAAAAGAAAGACUCUAAGGUUUGGAAAAAAAUUAUUUAUCUUAUUUGAAAAAAAUAGAAAGACUGUAGGUUUAUAAAAAAAUUACAGUGAGAAAAAUCUGGAAACCUAGCCUUUUUUUAUAUUUCAUCAUUUUUUUACGCCAUUGAGUCAAUAGUUUUUUUCGAUUUUUUUCGACCAAGUUGGGAAGACUUAUUUCGACUUUUCUUCUCAGACACGCCGCUGUACAUCGCCUGUGCAGUGAUAGUGGUUCUUCUGAUUGUGAGCAUCGUUUCGACGAUCAUCGCUCUCAAGCUCUACUUCUGCCACAAGAAGGACCGUCCCUCAGCUUCCUUAGGUAAUGGCUUUUGAUAGAAAAAUUAAGAAUUUUGGUAGUUGUUCGCUGCCACAAACAAAACUUGAACUUUAAGUUUCAAAUACAUUUGAUUAUUAAAAAACUUAUUGGAAAAUGGAGGUUAUUAGUAGUCAGGAAAUGGGAUUUUUAUUAUAUUUCGUUUUAAUGAAAUUUUUUUGCGAUUGUAGUUUAAGACUUCGAGGCUCUUUUCUUAAUAUUUUCAAAUUUUCUGGUCGGUUUUCAGGGGCUUCCGAAAAAGGAGCGCAGAAAAAGGCCGAGACCGCUAAAGAGACGUCCAAAGAGACGAGCCAGGAGAAGAAAUAA